CAUGUGAAGGACUUUCAAUGCCUCAUCUCGCAAAAGAAAUGUCUCGUCGCCGCACCCCCCAGCCUCCUCGUGACUUGCUGGCCGCCUUUAUGUGAUCAAACACCUGUAUCUCAUCUGAAGUUGAAUCUGAACUUUCUUAUAACCAAAUCUCACACUCUCAACACCCCAACAACCUUCUCUGCACCUCUAAACAACAAUAUCUUCGUGCAAAACACUUCUAUAUAACCUUCUUCCAACAGAUCGAAGCCUUUCCUGCAUCUGGUACUCAUCGUCAAGGCCAGGAUGUCUUCAAACGGCGCUUUCAACCUUCCAAUAAGAUUCAUGCUUCCGACAAGUGUCACUCUUGACCCCGUCUUCUCACUGUUGUAUGAGGACAACGGACCGGCAGUCACACAUCUCAUCGUGAACAAAGCACCACUCCCUCUCAAGCAUGUCAUCAACAAUGGACCUUUCAUGGAGUACAUCCUGAGCAAGGAGGCGGGACCCAAAAUCGAGUACAAGAACCUGCGUCCAGCACUCACGGCUAUGCGUGGUUUCCUGAUCAUGUCUCCCACCGGCAAGCAGCUGUUGGACUUUUAUCGUCAGCUCCUUCAACUCCAAGCUCGAUGGGCGAUCGCACUCGCAGAACAAAUCAUCUUUGAGAUCUGGAAGACAAUCACUCAAGCCUUGUACAUCGACCGCUGUGACUCCCAACUCGAAACUCACAUUGGUCAGUAUGUCCCGGAUGCCAAAUACAAGAUCGACACCUGCACCGUCGGCAAUCGCAACCAAUUCGACAUGAUGAUCGUGGGAGAAUUGGGUCGUCUGCGCAACAAGACCAGAGAGGCGGGCGAGGCACUUCACAUGUUCAAAUCCUCCCCUACCUUCUGGACCCAGCACGGCAAACUGGUUGCGUCGAUCGAACACUGCGAGAAGAAGUUGGCUGAGGUCCGUCGUCGCAAUGUCCUUCGCAAGCGUGAGCAACAGGCCAGAGUCAAUGCCGCUUAUGCGCGCAAUGGAGCCAAUCUUCACCGUCAGAUGGGUAGGGCCGGCAUGACGCCACAACCUCCCCAUGUUCAAGAGGAAGUUGUCGACUGGGUCAAGGACGUCAAGGAUGACUACUUCAACCACAACGAGUCGGACAAUUACUUUUCUUUCAGCGACGAUUCUUGAAUUUGAGCAGCGGAUUGAAGUGCGGUCACUUGGCAAUGAUAUCGAGGUGACACAAGGCAUCACCGGACAGAAUACAAGGAGUUGACUAAGCGAUGUGUCGAUUGGAGAUGCGACAGGGCUACAUGAUGCGAAUGGUAGACGUCAAGGUGAUAUGUCUACUGUUGAGAAAGACUUGAGUCAAAGGGAUGAUGUCUCCUAGCAAUGGGCUCGAGCUAACUGAGUUGAGCUGGUCAGCUUCCAGUAUACAAUGGAGUUAGCGAGAGCAGAUCGAAUGAUAGCAUGAACAGCUUGAAUAUCACAUUGUUGAUUGAAAUUUCUCUAGCCCUGUAGGUUCG